GGCUACCAUACGCGUUCAGUAGUUGCGGUCCGCCGGCGAACAGUUAUUGACAUUUCGGUCAUCCGUCGCGCGCGCACGUCCGACGUCGGUCUUGCCCUCAUCGUUUGUCGUCGUCGCCGUCCGUCCAAUCGUUUUGCCGCCAAAAUUUCCAAAGGUACACCCACAGGAACCAUCGCGAUUUCGACAUGUCUGAAUCGCUGUCGCUGACUGGCAUCGGACCCCCGUCCGACACCAAGGAUCAAAAAUCAAAAUCAUACGCGGUGAACGUGCAGCAGGAAAAUGCUUCUCUCAACGCUAAUGGAUCCCCGCCAUACGAUCCUCACGCGCACAGGAUACUUGAACAUCCCACCACGAAUUCCGAGACUCUCAUCCACUUGCUCAAAGGCAGUUUGGGAACCGGGAUUCUGGCCAUGCCCAAUGCCUUCUACAACUCCGGACUGCUCAUCGGAACCGUGGGCACCAUACUUAUCGGUUUCCUGUGCACGUAUUGCUUGCACGUCUUGGUCAGAUCUCAGUACCUGUUAUGCAAAAGACUCAGAGUACCCAUUCUAAGUUACCCGGAUUCCAUGAAAUACGCCUUACAAGACGGUCCGGCCUUUUUGAAAUUCGGAGUUCCUCUUUCUGCGCUUAUCGUUGAUGGGUUCUUGAUCGUCUACCAACUGGGAAUAUGUUGCGUGUACAUCAUGUUCAUCGGAACCAGCAUCAAACAGGUGUUGGACAUUUACAUUGAACCGAUGAACGAGCGAUACUACAUGCUGAUGAUGCUGAUCCCGUUGGUGGCCAUCAUUCUCAUCAGAAACUUGAAGCUGUUAGCACCCUUCUCGCAGAUGGCCAACAUCAUCACUUUCGCCGGACUCGCCAUUGUCCUCUGGUACAUAUUCACCGACCUGCCGCCCAUAUCUUCGAGACCGUUGAUCGGUGAACCGAGAAAAUACACCCUGUUCGUGGGCACAACCCUGUUCGCGUUGGAAGCCGUCGGUGUGGUACUGGCGCUGGAGAACAAUAUGAAAACCCCGGCUUCUUUCGGUGGCACAACCGGUGUACUUAACGUCGGUAUGACCAUCAUCACAAUUAUGUACGUCGGGAUGGGCUUCUUUGGGUACGUCAAGUACGGCGAAAAUGCACAGGGUAGCGUCACGCUUAACCUACCGAAUGAAGACAUACUCUCGCAAGCGGUCAAACUCAUCUUCGCGUUCGCCAUAUUCAUCACGUACGCGCUCCAAGCUUACGUGCCGGUGGAUAUCAUCUGGAAUACGUACAUGAAGAAGAGGGUUCAAAACUGGGACAAGACGACUAUGGAAUAUCUGCUCCGUAUCGCCGUUGUGCUCGUCACGUUCCUGUUGGCCGUCGCCAUUCCGUUGUUGGAGCUGUUCAUAUCGCUGUUCGGCGCCCUGUGCCUGUCCGUGUUGGGCAUCGGGUUCCCGGCGCUCAUCGAGAUCUGCGUCCUGUGGCCCGAACGCAACUUCGGCCGCUUCAAUUACGUACUCAUCAAGGACAUCAUAUUGAUCAUCAUCGGCAUCCUGGCCCUGGUGCUGGGCACGUACAUCAGCCUGCAGGACAUCGCCCGGAAGUUGUAGCGCUAACACCAUAAUAUAAUAUUAUUAAUAUUAUCUUAGCCUAUUAAGUUAUUCCCUACAUGUAACGAAAAAACAUAUUUACCGACCGUGCCCGUAAUAUUUUACUAUUAUUAUUAUUAUUAUUAUUAUUACGACGACGUGAGCGUAUGAUAUUAUUAUGUUUAUCUCAGUUUAUUUAAUUUUUUUUUUUUAAGUAUUUAAAUUUUGCGCGAACGUAAACCGCGCGCGUGUUCACAGGGUCGUCGUCGUUUCGGCGAGGUUUACGUUUCGCCAAGUAAUUUUGUAUCCUUAAAAGUCUCCGGACAUGGCAGUCGUAACGCAGUUAUAGUACUCGGUAGUGAGAAAUACCCUACUUCUCACGUACAGAUCGAAAACGGAAUUCGCGACCGAUUCGAUCAAAUAUUGUUCUUUUUAUUCACCGGAACUCGGAAGGGACAAUAAUUAUACCACUAUAUAUUUCCCGCUCGCAUUUUUCUCGAAGAAUCUUUUUUAUUGUUACGAAAUUUUUUUUUUUCAAUGAUUGUUCCGAUGUUUUCCUCCGCCGUGUGUAGUCGUUUGACACUAAAAUAUAGGGCGAGAGUAGCUCAAUUAUUUUGAUUUUUUUUUGUAAAAGAAUAAUAAUAUUAAAUGCGUUGUUAGCACGCAGUUAUCAUUUUGAACAGUGGCAAUAUUUUAUUUUUAUACAAAAUACCGAUUUUAUAGUGCCUUUAGACAAUAAAUUAUAAUAAUAAUGUUAAACUUAAUGAAUAUUAAAUACUGUUUAGAUGGUGUUAUGCAUAGUUUUAUAUUAUAAUAAUAAUCUCUAAAUAAUAUACAUCAUAAUUAAAAAAAUAAAACAAUGUUAUGUGCAGUUGCUGAAAUCUUUUGUUGUAAGAACCACAUUCUAUUGUAAGUUUGAUUUAGUGACUGAGACUCUAUUAGUAAUAAAUAAUAAUAAUAUUUUUGUUAAUAUUGCAAUAACAUUGUUAUGUUCGGGCAAAUAUGCGUCCAUAGUAAAGCUGAUUAUUUUUAAAUACUAUACAUUAAGAUUUUUUAAAACAUUGUGUAAAUAAACACUAUAAAAACAAUA